AUGGCUAUGAAUAGUUUUAAAGAUAGUCCAACUGGUAAGAUGAUACACAAUACCGUUGGUACAAUAAAAGAGAAAUAUAAAAAAAAUAGAUUAAGAAGAUUUAUAAAGAGAAAUCAACCAUUCCCAUGGAUUGUCAUAUUCUCAAUGAUUGUAAAUAUUCCAAUUUUCGUUUUCUUGAUCAUAUUGACAGCAUCGAGAUGGUCUAGCGAUUGUAGUUAUAUCGGUGGAUUCGUUAUUAUCUAUAUUUAUGUAUUUGCAAUCAAUAUUCUCUAUGGAUUAUACUUUCACAAAACUCUGAAGAAUAGAAAGCCAAAAUCAGUAGUCUUCUUGGCUCAAGAUUGUGGAUUGAGUUCAUUCGUUCUCUACACAUGUCUAUCUGUUAUCCUAUUUAUUAUAUGUGAAUAUCUUAGAAGAGGAACUGAAUUUUCAAAAUGUUAUAAAUCAAAUUCCAAUUUAUAUCAUCUAUUGAGAGCCGGUCAAGGUAUGGAUAUCUUCUUUUUGAUUGGUUUCUACAUUAUCAGUUUCUUUAAUGCCUGUUGUAAUUGCUAUCAAGAAAAGAGAGUUAAAAAGAAGAAAUUACCAAAAUUCGUAGUUCCUGUUGAAAUGGAUGACAAUGUUUCGUCAUACACUGAAUAA